AUGGAGAGAUUCGGAAACAAAUCAAUUGAUCAGUGUCUAAAGUCAAGUCUGUUAGACUAUUUGUCAAAAACGAAGACCCGAGCAAUGACUCCAGUGAGACGAAACAUUCUACAAAUCGUCAUCUUUCUCUUUGAAAACGAAACUUCGGACAAACAUGAAUUUUUGUAUUCCGACAAGAAAGACAUUGCUGUGCAACAGAAGAGAUUUAUUAUAUUUUCGUACUUAUUCUUGGAAGCAUUAAAGAAAAACAUUAUUACAGACAAAGACAUAACAACACAUAAUAGAAUGUGGUCCCAACAUUUACAGGAUCUGGUCAGCGGUGGAAAUGAAAAAGAAGCUAAAAACUAUCUUAGAAUUCUGGAGGACGGGGAAGAAACGAUAUUCAAUAUAAAACGAUUUCAACGUCAGCUUAAAGCCACAGACUUAUAUGUAGAAUUCUUGGCAAAAGGAGAAAAUGAUCUCGAGACGGAAAUGGAGGAGCAGGAAGUUAAGUUCCAUUGUAGGAGACCAAACUUGUUCGAGAGAUUUGGAAUGAAGCUGAAAAAGCUGUUUAAUUAA